CAACGCUGGACGCUGCCUUGUAGAGCUGUGAAACACGGAUGCCAGUGUCGGUGGGCUGCAUGAAGAGGACGCGUAAUUUCGCCGGAUGAUACUGGCCAGUUUAGGCUAAAAGAGACGUCGUCCACAGCCGACAAUGUCGCUGGAUUAAGCCGUGACACCCAAUCUCAGCCUGAGUUCAGAUUCCAGGAAAAAGACAGGACGCGGACUGUCUGUCUGAGGGGAGCUGUCUAUAAAUGCAGCCCUCAACGUAGAAUAGUCAUUGUAAUAAAUAGCAGCUGGGCUGGGACAUUUCAUUAAACCUGUCAUACAUUGCAUCGUCUCAAACAGCAAAUAUGGACGAGGACAAUCAAGUACCUGAGGACCUGUCCUUAGAGGAGAGGGACGAGCUAACGAAUAUACGGCGCAGGAAAAAGGAGCUGCUGGAUGACAUUGAGCGGUUGAAGUUCGAGAUCGCCGAGGUGAUGACGGAAAUCGAGCAGCUCACCUGUGUGGGGGAGAGCAAAACCACACAGAGAAACAAACAGAUUGCAAUGGGAAGAAAGAAAUUCAAUAUGGAUCCCAAAAAGGGGAUCCAGUUUCUGCUGGAGAACGACCUCCUUCAACACACUCCCGAAGACAUAGCCCAGUUCCUGUACAAAGGCGAGGGCCUAAACAAAACAGUCAUCGGGGAUUACUUAGGCGAAAGGGAUGACUUCAACAUUAAAGUGCUCCAAGCCUUCGUGGAGCUCCAUGAAUUUGCAGACCUCAAUCUUGUCCAGGCAUUAAGGCAGUUUCUAUGGAGCUUUAGACUGCCAGGCGAGGCACAGAAGAUCGAUCGGAUGAUGGAAGCCUUCGCGUCCCGAUACUGCCAAUGCAACCCAGGAGUCUUUCAAUCCACAGACACGUGUUAUGUACUCUCCUUCGCAAUCAUCAUGUUGAACACCAGCCUUCACAACCCCAAUGUCAGGGACAAGCCUGCUGUGGAACGUUUCAUCUCCAUGAACAGAGGCAUCAAUGAGGGAGGAGAUCUGCCAGAGGAGCUGCUCAGGAACCUGUAUGAAAGCAUUAAAAGCGAACCCUUUAAGAUCCCCGAGGACGACGGCAACGACCUGACCCACACGUUCUUCAAUCCCGACAGAGAAGGCUGGCUGCUGAAGCUAGGAGGAAGAGUAAAAACCUGGAAGAGACGGUGGUUCAUUUUAACCGACAACUGCCUGUACUACUUUGAGUACACAACGGACAAGGAGCCGCGAGGCAUCAUUCCUCUGGAGAAUCUCAGUAUCCGGGAGGUGGAGGAGCCCAGAAAGCCUAACUGUUUUGAGCUCUACAACCCAAACCACAAAGGCCAGGUCAUCAAGGCAUGUAAGACGGAGGCUGAUGGGCGGGUGGUGGAGGGAAAUCAUGUGGUCUACAGGAUAUCGGCACCAACCCCAGAGGAGAAGGAGGAGUGGAUCAAAUCCAUCAAAGCCAGCAUCAGCAGGGAUCCCUUCUAUGACAUGCUUGCCACCAGGAAACGCCGCAUCGCCAACAAGAAGUGAAAGUGCCGCUGGACCGCCAGUAGGGUGGCACACAUAUGCACACGUACACGCUGUCCUGCAAGACGCUCCUGAACAGCCGCUGCACGUGUGCCAAUGUCGUCAACCUGGGACACUAAAACUGUGUCACGUGAGCUCACGUGACCCCAAAUCCCUCUUUUACCCCCCCUCUCCUUAUUUCUGUAUAUUUUCCCCUUCUUGUGUCAGGGCUGAAAAAACCCCAAACGCAGCUGUCGUUGUUCUCUUUGCACUUGCAUGGAUGUCAGUUUGCAUACGUGGAUGGCGCACGUGACGGCCCAGAGGACACACGUUGGGACUCCUCUUUCACUUCACAGACUUCAAAAGCCUGGUGUGACGUCAAACCGUCUUCAGCAAUUACAGCAA